AUGUCCUCCACAUCACCCUCGCUAUCGUCGUUAUCGCCGUUGGCGGCUCUCCUGUUGAUCCUGCUGCUGGCCCCGUCGUCGUCGUCGCCGUCGUCGUCACCCCCAUCAGCGUCUUCCUCCUCGCUGUCGCGCGCCGUCUGCAGGCGGCGGGUGGCCGACGCCUGCGCCUCCCGCUCCCGCUGUUCCUGCAGGCGCUUCUUGUGCUCCUGCUGCCUCUGCGUCUUCUUGGCAACCACCACCACACCGUCCGGCGUGAAGGCGACGCGGCCGAUCCACUUCACCACAGCGGCGGAGAACAGGUUGAAAAGGGUGACCGUGUUCGCCUCGCUCGCGUACACCGGCGCCACAACAAAAAACGCACCGAGGCCUUUGCACCAUGUGUGCAGGUUCUUCGCAAAGCGAUUGAAGUGCUCGGCACCAUACGCGACGUCGCCAAGCCCAAAUACGGCGAACUUCGUCUUGGAAAGCGUGUCACGCGGCACCCGGAAGUCGGUGUACGCGUCCUGCAACAACGCCGCGAACGCCUGCGACGACUCCGGCGCGGUGCCGUUGGUGUAG